CGAGGACCGCAGCAGAUGCCACUAACGACCGCCUUACUGGUAACAAUCCUGUUUGUGGGAAUCCUGGUCACUGGAGUCAUCGGUAAUUUGAUUGUGUGUUUGGUGAUCAUUCGUCAUCCAUCGAUGCAUACCGCUACGAACUACUAUCUGUUUAGUUUGGCCGUAUCGGACUUGAUUCUGCUGCUGCUGGGAUUGCCGUACGAGAUCAGCCUCUACUGGCACCAGUACCCGUACAACAUGGGACUAAUGUUCUGCAAGCUUCGAGCGCUGCUGUCCGAAGCAUCAACGUACGUGUCGGUCCUGACGAUAGUGGCCUUCUCGAUGGAACGUUUUCUGGCCAUCUGCCAUCCGCUGCAUCUGUACACGAUGUCCGGCCUGCAGCGCCCAGUUCGGAUUAUUGCCGGGCUGUGGAUCGUUAGCCUCUUCAGUGCAGUGCCUUUUGCCGUGUUCACCGACAUCGACUACAUCGAGUACCCACCAACCCAUGAAAAAAUCAUGGAUUCCGCAUUCUGUGCCAUGCUGAGCAACCCGGAAGGAAUUCCCCUGUGGGAACUGUCAACAUGUUUGUUCUUUGCGAUCCCGAUGGUUGUGAUGGUGGUGCUGUACGGCCGGAUGGGCAUGCAGAUCCGGUCCCGGACGCAGCGGACGGCCGAGCUCGGCGUGCGGAAUGGUUCCGUUAACGGACCCUCUCGCAUCUCCCAGUCCCGGAAGGCCAUAAUUCGCAUGCUGGCUGCCGUGGUGAUAACGUUCUUCGUCUGCUGGGCACCGUUCCACGCUCAGAGGUUACUGUUCCUGUAUGCCCGGGACUGGCAGCACUUCAACACGGUCAACACGUGGCUGUUCUCGGUCGCUGGCUGGCUGUACUAUGUGUCCUGCACUAUCAAUCCCAUACUGUACAAUGUGAUGUCCCAUCGGUACCGGGUGGCAUUCCGGGAAACCCUGUGUGGGCGGCGACGUGGCUUUGGUCCCAGCUUUACCAGAGAUCAGUCCAGUUUCCGCGAAACAACGAUGGACGUGGGCUGCGAAAGCUCCAAGCUGCUGCGAGCUCGGUCUAUGAUGCAAUCCACCAAACGGUUACGCUACAAAGGUACGCUAAAAGCGAGCAACAGUGUCCACUACGACGGCAACUGCAUCCGGCGGAAUUCGCUCCAGAUCGGAACCCCACUGGAUGGGCGCUGUUCGCCCGCGCCGAGCAUGACUACCAACAUGGUGGUUAUGCUGGAAAACAACCUCAGCGGUCGGCCGCGCUGUUACACGACGACAGCAACGACUGUGCUGUCUACGACGACAACGACGACACCGCCGCCGUCGACUGCCGUCGGAACCACCGAAAACAAUCUCAAGGCUCCACCGGUGAUACGCAUCCACGGCUGCCUGACGAAUGUAGAUAGUGUAAAUAGUGUAAAUAAUAAUAAUAACAGCUGCAGCAGCAUUAGCCCGGGUGUUAAUAAGGAACAUAGUUCUCCUCGCUGUGCAGCUUCCCCGCCGCCAGUGACAGCACCUGAGCAUACGAGCAAACAACAGGACCAACCACCAACGGAUGGAACGGUCGAAUGGAAUCUUCGCUACGACCGUCACAAUGGCAAUCAGCCAAAUCAGCAAUCAUCGAACCAACAAAUAAUUACAGGACAUGAUAAUGACAACCAGGAUAACCACAGUAGAAAUGCUACUCGAACCUAACGGCCGCCCUUCGGAUGGAUUUCCUUGUUAUGUUGGAGGUACCAGGAGAGAGUUCCACAUUAUCAUUCCUCUUCUAUGCUUCUACGUAUGACAAUUCCUCGGUUGCAUAUAUGAAUCCAGUCCGUUGGUUGGUCGGCUUAAGGACGCACAUUUUUCCAUCAGUCGAGUGUUCAAGCUAAGCAAAACCCAUAGUUAAAAUGCUUUCAACUAUAACUUUAAGAACAUAAGCACAUUGUCAUGGUGACUGGAACGAUUCAUCCAGUUCCAUUCGAACAUGACGUAUUAAAACAGCGGUUUCCAGCAUGUGGUAGCUUUUAUACGGCGCCGACUUCCGUCUAGAAAAAGAGAACUUGUAUGGGCGACAAGUUGAUACUUUUUGUGGACGGUUGACAGGCAAAUCCCUGUGCAUUGCUAUCGAAGCAAAGGUUAAAUGGUUUUCUUCAGGUGUGUGUAGAAAACCGAACAAGAAUCUGUCGACAAGAAGCAGGGAAAUUUUCUUAAUAUUAGCCAAAUUAUUGAAGCUUACUUUGGCUUUACUCCCAGCUGCUAAGUGAUAGUUGGGAAACAUGAACUCUCGACCCAUUAAUAAAUGCCAAAAGAGGGUAAAUAAUCCGUAGGCUUAUUUUCUUGUAGAGGAAACAAAAGACGGCAGGUGAUAAUUAAUAGCGUGCCACGUACCUUUCCCGAAUUCCACGAAUACAAAGCACACGUUCAACAAAAUGUAGUUGAUAAUG